AGUUGCUCCUAGCAACCCCACUCAUGGCGACGACGCACAAGGGGAGUUAAAAAAAAGUGUAACGGUACGGAUACACGGCUAGGAAAAGAUAACCAACAAGCAGCUAAGCCUGAGAUUUAAAACAAUAACUACUGCCUCACGGAGGGGAGCAAGAAAGACGAGAGAGAAAGCGCCGUGGAGGAGAGGAGGUAAGGAUUAGCUAGACACUUGCAGCUUGGACAACAAGAGGCCGCAAUGGCUGAAUCAGGCUCCAAGUCUCCCCGGCAACCGAAGGGUCGGCAGAACAAGAUCUACCGCACGCCCCCUACCCCGCCACCCGGGGAGCUGAGGGUUAAGGAAAAGUCGUUUGUUCUGGACUGCAAGGCCACCAGCAGCAUCUCGUGCGACUACUCAAAGGUGAACCCUAAGCUCGGCCCCGUCAUCCCACCCUACAACUCGCAGAGGGACAAGCACGUGGACCAGUACUUCACCUUCUACGGCGUGGACAGGACGCUGAACAAGACUGGUCAGGAUAAUGGUGGCAGCUCUAUUGAUGGUCCAGUGAUGGAUGCCUUUUACACACACGGGGCAGGAUUCCAGUACCUGUCACUCCGGAAUAAAGUUGGAGCAGGCCACUCUCACGAGACAAUCAACGGACAUGCGCAGUUCAUGCAAGGCGUCAAACCAGUAACAAGCUACAAUGGCAGAUACGGGUUCAGAAGGAACACUCCAUGGUUGAGGCAGCUACCUUCGCCUUUCGUGCCUAACAUCAUCUCCCCCACCUUCUGAGUCUUCUCCUCAUAUCUCGUCUAGCAAGAGAAUAUCUCGUCUAGCAAGAGAAUAUCUCGUCUAGCAAGAGAUCACACAAACAUAUUGCUGAUCUCUGGUCUAGCCUUCCAAGCCAAAGUAUUACUACUUGUACAAAAUUAUCCAGGGUCCAUGGCUUUGCCUGAGAUGAUUUCUGCCGUUUACUCUUCCAGGUGUGAUUUUAUUUUCAGCUUCCUUCGUUCGAGUCAAGCUUACUCGUGCCCACGUCACCACAACAAACACGAAAAUACUUGCAUUAUUAAUAUCCUUCCUUAGCUUGACAGGUAGGCAGAUUUUGGUCGAUGACUGGACUCGACAUUUCCAGCGAAGUCGUCACACGAUCAACUCUCUCCUUUCUUACUUCUCUCCCUGUUUGUCGUCCUCUCAUACACUAACAGUCUCAGUCCUUGACCACAUCUUGUCGACAUUAACAUUCCUGCCAACUUUUGUGAGGCUCGAAAAAACGGUGUAUAUAUAUUAUAUCUUGUUACAUAAUUAUCAACAGCUGUUCACCCUCCCACACACACACACAUGCACUAACGCAUAUACGCACGCGCACUCAGUUUUAUUAAUAAAUUGAAAGGUAACGAAUGAACACUGUUUGAUUUUAUUGCACCAGUUAGAAUUCCCAAAGUAUUUAUAUUUAUUAUACCUUACGACAGUACAGAUGAUGUACGAUAGAUACACAUGGUAUGUUCUCAAGUUUGACAGCAGACGAUCCACCCGUAGUGUUAAAGUAAUAGUCGUCAGGAGGCUGAAGAAUCAUUAUCACCAACUCUCUCCCCCACCUCUCUCUCUGAUCAGGUGCAUGACUGCACUGUAUCUACAUUAAAAAAAGAAAAUUUUAAAAUAAAGAGAACUUUUUUCCCGUAAACUGUGUAUUGAAAAUAUUUAUGAAGCCUUUAAGUCUCAUCAACUGAAAUAUCCCGUCUAGAGCCUGUCAGUUGACGAUGGUUGCAUAUAUGUAUGUGUCUGUUAUACUUCAUUAUUUUCUACUCUACGAAUGAUAGAAGCAACGAAUUCCUCAGUCACUUGUCCCCCAAGCCCCUAGUGUCAACAAGCUUAUCAAAAUAGUCCGUGUGUCAUGUUAAUAAAAGUUAUUCAUAUCAGUC